AUGCCGUUCAACGACACUGCUUCCACCGCAGGCAAGGUGUUCGAUGAAAUGGCCGGAAGCGGUGGUUCGAACAAUGUCACUGCCGAGUUCGUGAACUUGUUGGACACCAAUGCCAUCGACAUCGAUGAAGCCCCGUUCGCUGAUUUCGAUAACAAUGAAAUGGAGGGUGGUGUGGAUGAUCACGGUGGUGAAGAUGAAGUGGAGGAGAUAGCUUUCUUGGAACAAGUUCGCAAUGCACCUCCAAGUGGAACCGUGGAAUCUGACUAUGACAAAAUUGCCCAACAAAGAUACAAAGACAUGGAAGCUUCCGAAGGCAAAAAAUUUAAACUAGAGCAUUGUUUGGAUAUGCUCAAAGAGUGCGAGAAGUGGAAGUUGAUUGACAAAGAAUCCCCACCGAAGAGAGGUUUACUUACGAACAUGGAUGAAGAUGAAGAUGAUGAUGGCCCAAGAAACUUGAACAAGCCCGAUGGUGACAAGAAGACAAAGGAGAAGAUCAAGAGGGAACAAGAAGCAUCGAGCUUGUGGGACAAGAUAGAUGCCAUGGUGCAAUCAAAUGAGUUGAUGUUAGUGAAGACAUUGGAGGCUAAGAAAGAGUUGGAUGAGAAGAAGGCACGAGAGAAGCAAGAGCAGUGGCAAUUGCUCAAGGACGAGGGGUUGCGCAAGGCGGCCAUUGAGGAGAGAAGAGCACGUGUCGCUGAGAACAAAGCCAUGUCCAAGCUUCUUGCCGAAGAGAACAGGAUCAUGACAAUGAACCGCAAUGACAUGGACGACAUCACCAAAGAAUGGCAUGAUAUGGCAAGGAGAGACAUCUUGAAGAGGAGGAUGCUUGCGUCGGCCGGUGCUUGUUACAGUGCCGGCGAUGUUUUCUCAUCAGGAUUUGGAACCAAUAUCGCCGAUGCAUUCAGUGCGCCGGCCGGUGAUUUCGGUGUCGGAAUUGGAACAAGUGCCGGCGAUGGAUUCGGGGGCGGCGAUGACCUCGACGGAGGUGGUGCGCAGUGA